AUGGCGACCAAAGAAGACCAAGAGGCGCUGCGUCUUCUUGUCCAACAUGUCUCCCGAGGAUUCUACGAAUCAAAGUUCACUAUUAUCAUGGACCAGCUAGCCCGUCAUCCGGUUCUCAAGGACGACGACCUGGCCGGGCGGAUGGGCCUUCAGGCGAAGGAAUUGAAUAAACUUAUGGCCGUUUUAGGGAACGACCGUCUGGUGCAAGUAUACCGCCAAAACGAGCUCAAGGAGGGGGCCCAGAGGUCUGUUGGAAGACAGUACUAUUACAUCGACUACAAGCUCUUUUGCGAUGUCGUUAAAUGGCGCAUCGCAGAAAUGCGGAGAAUUAUAGAUUCCGGUCUCCGUAAUGAACUCGACAACAAAGGCUACAUCUGUCCGCAGUGCAGCAAAUCGUACGCACCAUUAGAAGUCGACAAGCUGAUAGAUUUUUCGAGAGGAAUACUUGUGUGCGAGGACUGCCAUGCAGAAGUUGUGGAGAAUGAGAACGCGGAGAACGUCAGGGGAAGUCAGGACCGGAUGCAGAGGUUCAAUCACCAGAUGCGGUUUGUUGUCGAAGGUUUGAGAAAAACAGAAUCUAUGGUUCUUCCAGCGCUUGAUGUUCCCACUUGGGUCAAAAAUAAUGUUGGUGAUGCUGAAAAGCAAAAGACUGGCCAAGUGUCAGGUUUGAAAAUAGCAGGGUCUGGACCUGGCGGGAGACAAGAAGAUGGUGUUGGCAUAGUCAUGUCAAUGGACAAGGACGAAGCAACGAGACGGCAGGAACGAGAUGCUGAGGCAGCGGCAAAGCGACAGCAAAACGCCCUGCCAGCAUGGCACUUGAAGAGUACUAUCACCGGUGAUCUGACGGCUCUUGGCAUGCAGGAGAGUGCGCGUGCCGUGGGGAGAGAAGGCGAAGGCCUGCCAGUAUCCAGCGACGACUCUCUCAAAGGGCUUGGAACUAUCGGCACUCUGCCACGUCCACUUCACCUGACAGCGGUGACGGAAGAUGUGAAACCAGAAAUCAACCAAGAGAUGGAUUAUUACGACCAGUACUAUGCGUCGUUGGCGGCCUCUAACGCAGUUUCCUCUCAGAACACGCCCAGAUCUGGCCUCGGAAGUGAAGAGUUUGAAGAGGAGGAACAAAAGCCCUCUGUGCAGUACCUAGAUUCCCUCAAUGAUUACAGGAAGCGGUCCCGAUCACAAGAGGACGAAGGUGCUGCAGCAACGAAGUUGCCUAAGAUCGAUGUUCCAGAACCAGAACCAAACAUCACUGAUUCUGUGAUAGAGGCAAAUGGGGCGGAUGAUACCCCUGUAUUAGUCAACGGCGUCUUGAAACCAUUUUCGGAGGUUACUGAUGAAGAUACCGAACUUAUGACGCCAGACGAAUAUACCGCGUACUACGAAGUUUUGCAGUCGCGGUCGUAG